CGGACAGACAAGAGCGUGUGGCAUUUCCCUGCCAUAUGCUGUCCCUCCUCUGGAAUGUGAUUAUCCUCGGUGGAGAAAAAAACAGAGGCUGAGCGGAAAACACAGUGUGUGCGGGGGAAGCAAGAGAGGGGGAAUAGAAGAAGGAGGAGGAGAAGCAGUAAAGCAAGUGUAGAGCCAGAGAGUGAAAGAGAGAAAGAGGAAGGAUGGAGGAUGACUAGAGAGGGAGGAGGGUUCAUGAGAGGACUGUUCAGUCUGGCAUGAUUCUUCGGAUAAGGACGACGGAACUGAACUCAAGUGGAAAUCUCAAACACAGGGCUGCCGUCACCAAUCCGACAAAGACUCAGAUAAAGCCAGUAAUCCCAGCUGCUUUGCCUCCAAACAAUGUGAUGAAGAGGAAGCUUGUGUUGGGGUGAAGAUCGCUCAGAACAAAGCCGUUGCUAGCCAUAUUCCUAAUGAGCAAGAUCAUCGCAGUGAGAAGUUGAGUCAUGGUUGUAGAUUCAUCAAAAAGAGCGUUACUGGAGUAAAUGGAAGAGUUACAGGCCGACGGAUUCCACCCCAUCUCAAACCACAAGUGCCUCCUAAGCCAGCACACCUUCAGAGUACGGUGACGGAAGUCUCCUUUCCUCUGGCUGCUGGAACGUCACCCAUUGAUCCCAGCAUGGAGGGGGGAGGAGUAGGAGGAGCAAAAGGGAGGGGCCUAGUGUCUGACCUCAUCAGUCGCUUUGAGGAAAACAGACACACAGACAGUCGGAGGGAGGGCGCUCCUCUGAAGCAGGUCAGCAGAUCUCCCAACUGCAGCCCGGCUCGCAAAAACUACCAGAGACAGACGGAGAAGCCCACAGACUCCAGCUCUGCUGCGAACAGCCCAGAUCAUGCUCUCACACCCCCCAAUGGGGUUCUAAAUCAAAAUAACAAAGAACAGGACUUGAAUCAGGACAUGGAUGAAAUUACACAUGACACAGCUCCGGUUGAGAGGACAGACAGCCAGGAACUGGUGAAUGGAGAUGACAGCGAUGGGGCUAAGAAGGAAAUUAUGGAAGAGGACUGUGUAGACCCGCCUCACGCUCACACGGAACAGGCCGAGGAGGAGAGGAAAGAGCCAGAGCAGCAUGACGUUGUGAUGAACAGCAUCCCAGAGCAGAAGGAAACCAAUGAGCAGAAACUCUACAAGAUAGUGAAUGAACUUCUGCAGACAGAGAAGGCUUAUGUUGCACGACUCAACUUGCUAGAUAAGGUGUUUUAUGCCAAGCUGAUAGAAGAAGCCAGAAAAGACACGUUCCCCGUGGAUGUGGUGAAAAACAUCUUUUCCAACAUCUCUUCCAUUCAUACCUUCCACAGCCAGUUCCUUUUGCCUGACCUGGAAAAACGCAUGGGGGAAUGGACGGAAACACCUCGCAUUGGGGACAUCCUACAGAAACUCACUCCCUUUCUAAAGAUGUACGCUGAAUAUGUGAAGAACUUUGAUCAUGCCAUGGAUCUCCUGAAGCAGUGGACAGAUCGAUCACCUCCGUUUAAAGCCAUCAUUCUGGAAAUCCAGCGUCAGGAAGUAUGUGGCAGUCUGUCGCUGCAGCACCACAUGUUGGAGCCCGUUCAGAGAGUGCCACGGUACGAGAUGCUGCUCAAAGACUAUCUGAAGAAACUUCCUCAGGACCACAUAGACCAGCGGGAUGCUGAAAAGUCUUUAGAGAUCAUUGCCAUGGCUGCCACUCAUUCCAACACCGCCAUUAGAAAAACAGAAAACCUUAAGAAAUUGCUGGAGAUUUAUGAGAUGCUGGGAGAGGAAGAGGACAUAGUGAACGCCUCAAAUGAGUUAAUAAAGGAGGGUCAUAUUCUAAAACUGGCAGCCAGAAACACUUCAGCCAUGGACAGAUAUCUCUUCCUGUUCAACAACAUGCUGCUGUACUGCGUUCCCAAGUUCAGUUUGGUGGGACAGAAGUUUACGGUCCGCACACGUAUCGGGAUCGAAGGCAUGAAGGUGAUGGAGACAUACAAUGAGGAUUAUCCUCACACCUUUCAGGUUUCCGGAAAGGAACGGACACUGGAGCUGCAGGCCAGCUCUGAACAGGAUAAAGAAAGCUGGAUAAAGGCAUUCCAGGAAACAAUAGACAUCUCCCUCCAGAAAAAUGAGACCUUUAAGUCAGCAUUCAAAGAUGUGGAGGAAGUACCGGAUCUUAAGAUAUCAGAGCUGGGUAAAAGAGCCCCUCGCUGGAUCCGAGACAAUGAAGUGACCAUGUGCAUGAAGUGCAAAGAGGCCUUUAACGCCAUCACACGCAGGAGACAUCACUGUCGGGCCUGCGGAUACGUGGUCUGCUGGAAGUGUUCAGACUACAAAGCCACUCUGGAAUAUGACGCGAAUAAGAUGAGCAAGGUGUGCAAAGACUGUUUCUGCAUCCUGACCGGCCAUAGAGACAGCGAGGAGAGGGAGGGCAAGAAGAAGGGCAUUCUAGAGUUACGGAAGAAAUUGCGACGUCCACGAACUGUUGUGGUGAAUUCAUCAGCGAUUGAAGCUGCUCAGUUCUCGGGCAACAGUAUCAUGUGUGGCUUCCUGCAGUACUGCGAGAAGAACAAGCCCUGGCAGAAAGUCUGGUGUAUCAUUCCUCAAAAAGAAGCUCUAGUUCUCUACUUGUACAGAGCACCUCAGGAUGUCAAGGCCCAGUCCUCGAUUCCUCUGCUCGGCUACCAGGUGGAGGACAGCCCAAGACCCACCGACCCUCCCGCCAGCUUCAGAAUCUCUCAGUCGAAAUCAGUCCACAGCUUUGCAGCAGAGAGCGAGGAACUGAAACAGCGCUGGCUCAAAGUGAUCCGUAUGGCAGUGACAGGAGAGGUACCGAAAUCACCUGAAGAACACCAUUCUACGGAAAUCCCCCAAGAGCCGAGCUCUAAUGGCGUCUGAGCAAAGAGAGCGAACUCUUGUUGAAGAUUUUAGUACUGACGUGGCAAUGCUGUCGGUAAGAAGAGUGUUUACGCUCCCGCUUGCUGCGCCAUCACUGCUGGUCCAGUUGUUCUAAAGAUCCAUUUGGAUUCGAACACAUCCAGAAAGCAUAUGGAUAUCAGCUUCAUCCUCACCUGAGAGAUCUGAAGUUCAUGAAGGAUGCAAACGGAGCACAUGUGAACACAUGGAGAAACAGACAUGCUAUUCCAUCAUCACACUAUACUACAGCUGACGCAGCACUGUUUUUAGCCUAAUGUAAAAAUUGUACAAUUCAGAACAUUAACAUAUAUAUUGAGGCAAAAAUCCAGAUGUGUCGACACCAUUGUAAAAAAAGAAAAGAAAAAAAAUGCUGGACAUUCGCGUUUUUCAAAAGACAAGAUUGCAAUUUACUGCAAAUAUAAAUAGCAUUCAGAUGCAAAAUGCUCUGCAUGAAAUAGAAGCUCCUUCAUUAUGGCAAGCAGACAUGGUGUGUUGUCAAUAUUGUAAAUCCUUGGUUGUGUUGCAGUGGUAUACCGGUAUAUCAUAGUAUUAAAAUCGUUUAUUGCUUAAAUGCAACUGGACUGAGAAUCUCAACUGCACAUGCGUGAAAGAGAUGCGAGGCUGAAUAGAGCUUCACCAAACGUGUAGCACAAUGACCUUUCUGAUAAGAAACAAAGUCUUAAUUCUGUCAAUUUUAUCAUGAAACCCAAAUUAGAAAUGCUGUUUUUCGGCGCUCUUUUAAUCAUUGUUUCCGCCUAUGUAGUAAGCUGUAGUAGUGGAGCACGCGUUAAACCAGAUAGCACACGUACGUCUGCAAGAUGUCUGUUAAAGAUCGCUUCAUCUGGAAAGCAUUUGCUGUGAACAAACAUCUUAUAGACGUAUUUCAGAUGAGCAAACACUCUAAAAAUACAUCUUGCGGAUGCAGCGCUAAAUGCAGACAUCAAAAUAGACAUCUCUGUGAUGUACAUCAUCUUCAUCUUUACUUCUAUGAAUUAAACGUGAAUGAACAUCAGAAGGUAUGGUGAAAGAUUUAGAAGACCUACUUGAAAUGUAUUACCCCUCAUUCAAUCGCCCAAUCAGUGUUCUGACCACGGAAAGAAGUCACAUUUACCUCAGGAAAUUUUGAUCGAUAGCUAGAAGAAAGGAGCUUAACCUGUUAGUAAUAAUUUAUGUCUGUUUUUUAUUAAAACUACCUUAUGUGCAAUUUGAAUGUUUGUAUAAAAGUUUGUUUUGCGUGAGUAGCCUAUUCAUUUAGUCUCUGUCCUUAAUUUUCAUUUCAACUUUAUUUCGCCAUGUAUACAGAUACUAGGAAUUUGAUUUGGUCUUCUCCAUGCAGGCAACACAGUAACUCUUUAAUAGGAAUGUUUCGAAUGAGAGGGUUUCCAUGUUUAGUUUAUGUGCAGCUAAAAUAUAUUCAAAUAUUGUAUACCGAGAUGCCAAAAUAUACUUUCUGGUUUGCAGUACCUCAGCACAUCUGACAUCAAGCUUUUGACAGAUCUAAACAUCUGCUGUACCCCAGCUCAGUUUCUGAAACGGAACAACAGCAGUCGACACCAUGUGAAUAAUGUUUUCGCUCGGUUAUGAGCCGUUUCACUUUUCCUCAUUUAAAAGCACAUUCAAAUCAAACAUGAACAAAAUUGUGGCUUUGGUGUCAGUCAACCUCCAGACUUCGAUAUCAGCUCUCUAAUAAUGGUAAUAGAUUCGGGAUUUAGUGGAAGAACUGGUUGUGAAUUUUCUAUAACGGACCUUUAUUUGUCUAAUGGAGGUGGUUUUGUUCUGUAUAUCUACUGUGGGCUGCACAAUCACACUCAUAAGGCCCGCUGGAGCAGGGAUAUGUAUAUGUUCUUUAAAUAUUGUAAUUAUAACUUUAUUAUUUAAAAAUAAUUUAUAGCAGAAAUGCAUGAUUUUACAUAGCACACAAUUCGAUUUUCAGUCUCUGUGUAGAUCGGACCAUUUAUUCAUCCCUUUGUAUUUAAGAAAUUUGCAUGUUCAUUUAUUUCUUUCAGACUUAAAGUACAUCUGCAUAUUCUUAACAUUACUGGGAAUUAAUUUUUUCACUUUCAACACACCAACAUUGUGCGUUACAGGCCUUCUUUCACACUCGAUCUCAAUCUGAAUCUGAAUUCAUUUAAAAAGAAAAUAAACCACUUGAUGUUUGAUGUUUCUGGGAAACUCUGCCAUGUGGUAACAAUGAACAAUUUUAAAGCUACUUGACCUGGACACAUAUCACAGCUAAGAAUUGUAGUCAUAUUAUUGUCCUUGUCAACCAGUUGUUGAUUCCACAGUACAUAUUUUUUGAAUGGGACAUUUAUAAAUGUAGUUCCACAUUUUUACAGCAACUAGGUUGGUAUAUUGAACGUGAGUUUCUGUAUUAAAACAUGGAGGUGUGUUCAUUGUUGCCAUUCGAAAGAAUCCUUACCAUGCAAUCUGAAUGUAAUAUGCUGGUUUUCUCUGUCCCAGUAUCUCUUCCACGGUAAAUCUACAUCAGCUCUCAAAACUGAGACAGAACCUGUUUUAUACAUACAAAUGAAACUGAAGAUGACGCACUUUACUGCCUUCUAUAAAGUGUACCUUGUAAAAUAAAACGAGAUUAUCUUGCAA